AUGGAGGGUGACCCAUCUCGGCGAAACCAAAGCUUGUAUUGUACGUAUCACAAGGAUAAGGGUCAUACCACCGAGCAAUGUUGGGUGCUGAAAGACCAUCUAGGGCAGCUAGUGAAUGCAGGAUAUCUGAAGGAGUUUGUGGUGGAUUCUGAAAAUCGGGGUACCGGCCAAGGCACUCAACAGAGGGGAAAUCCUCUCCCACCACCAUUGGAAGUGAUUGAAGUUAUCCACGCUACCCAAAGGGGUCCGAUUAUAACCAGUAGAGGAGUACUGACCAUAGUAUCCACGGGCAACUGUGCAGGAGAGCAAUCGCCUGAGAAAAAGAUGAAGAUUGAACGGGAGCCUAUUGCCUUUGGCGAUGAGGACUUAGAGGGAAUGGUCCAGCCACAUGACAACGCGUUGGUAGUUACGGCCCGGAUAAGCGGUUUCUUGGUCAAAAGAGUGAUGGUAGACCAAGGGAGCGGGGCCGAUGUGAUGUAUCUGGACCUGUUCAAAGGGCUCGGGUUAAAAAAUCGGGACCUAUCAAAGUAUGAUACGCCGUUGGUCGGGUUUGACGGCAGGAUGGUCGCUCCUGAAGGACAAAUUUCCCUUCCCGUGAAUAUGGAAGGAAAGGAGGUGAUGGUUACAUUCAUAGCGGUCAAUUCAUUUUCAUCGUAA